AUGAUGGAUGCCGAUGUCGAUGGGAUCGGUAUCGAUGAUGACGAUGACGAUGACGACGAUGCUUGCAUAUUCAGCAUCGCCAAUGACCGCCAAAGUGAGGACGAUGACACUCUCACUGGAGAAGACAGCGUUCUUUCAGCAGUGCAAACGAAGCGCACUGCUGUUGUCAAGGAUGAAUCAGCAGAGGGAUUUCUGCUGACUCACGAAGCGGUUGUCCGCUUCGUUCAAGACUCGUUUGCAGAUGCGCUAGACAAAACAGAAAAGAAACGCAGACAAACACGAAAGAGCAAAUGUUCUCUCAUUUGA